GUAUAAUGUUGAUUAGUGAGAAGGACACCCUUUAAAAUUGUGUGUUGUUGUCUAUCAUUAUUAUAACAUUAGAAAAGAGUUAAAGGUAUAGUAAUUAUUAUUUCAGAAAUAUGGACCUUGGUUUUGGUAGCAAAUGGUUACCACAACAGCCUUACAUGAACAUAAAUAGACAACCUCAACCAACCAGUUUAUCUGCACCUCCUAUGAAUUAUGUACCACAAUCGUACGGUUUAUUAGAAAUGAAAACAGGCUUUCCCGUUCAUCAAAAUACUGAAUUUCGACCAUCAUUUCCAUUUAAUCGCCAGCCUAUUUCUCCUUUACUUCCGUAUAAGCCCUAUCCAUUUAUUGAUCCAAAAAUGCCUCGAAAUUCUUCUCCACUUAUUUUGAAUCCAUCACUUCCGAUGACAAUGUCGCAGAAUCUUCCUUAUAAUCCUCGAUCAUUCGGACCCUUCACACCACAACUCACAUCGUCGUUACCUUACGCACCAAGACACAACGGUUCAUCACCAUUUGUGUGGCCUUUAAACUCUUUUGAAAGUAUUCCUGAUUACAGACCUUCUUCCAUGUCUCAGUUUGAAAUGUUAAACUCGUCGGUCGCAAAUCUUCCUACUGUCCCGUCUUUUAAUAAUUUGAAUUUCCCACAUUAUAUUUUAUCAGUCCACCCGUCGUUUAAAAAAAAGAAAUUUAUUCUGCAAACCCAAGGAAAAAAUCAAUUUAAGGUUGAUAAAAAUACCUUUCGUAAAAAUAAUGAUAAUUUUAUUUUAGACUCCGCUAGAGAGACACUUUUUGCUAUUGGUCCAAGAAGAACAUAUUGUAAGGAUAUAGGCUACGUUCAAGCAACAGGGCAUCCGAGUUCCCCCGCAAUUGUUAGUGUUGGCGAGUCAGUGCAAGCUUGUAGUGAUUAUACAGCAUGGAUGCAGAAAAAAAUUCGUUCUCGUUGUGAAAUUGAAGGUCAAAAUAAAAUUGUAAAUAUUAUAGGACGAGCCGACGUCCCGACCGACGAUAUUUUAAUCGAUGUCUUUGACCUUUAUCGAUUCAUAACUUAUGCUUUCCCUCAUUGGUUUGUUAUUUAUGACCCUGAGCUUUCUCCUGUUCUUGUUAUUCAACGAUUAAAGACAAAGUCUUGUGUUUCAAAACAAACACAGGAAACUGUAACUGUCACAGAGGCAGAAAAAAGCAAGUCUUCUGAUAAAGUUAUACAGGACAUGGAUAAUUUUAAAAAGGAAAACACUACGGAUUUCAAUGAUGUGGGUGAUAAUCAACGCGAAACUCGAGAAUCUUCUUUAGAAUCUUUUAACAUUUCACGCGAAGUAACAACACACAGUCAUAAUGUAUUAAAUAUAGAAAAGUAUAUUUUAAAAACAACCCAGGAUAAAGAUUUUAAAAUCAAUUCUCCUUUAGGAAUUAUUGCUAGUUGGAUGUAUGUCGAAGAGAAACGACGACUUCAUCAUAAAAAAACGGAUCCAUCUAUUUCUUCGGCAUGGCUUGAAUGUAUUAUACUUGUAACACCAAAAACUAUCCUAAUUCAUAACAUUACUAAAAUAGAAGAUCUUGAAUUUGCGUGGAUUCAAUUUUUUUCUCUAUUACGCUACUUUUUGAUAGAAAUUCCACAAGUUAAAUCUUUUGUUGUAGAAAGUUCAAACUCAGAUUCUGUACACGAGGCCGGUCAGUUUAGGUCUUUCCCACCGUCUCCCACACCAACAUGGCCUUACCGUAUGCCACCAUACAAUAUUUUUAUGAAUGUCCCCAUGGACGCGCAAGCCUUCAAAACACCUUUCUUACAUUUAAAUAAUCGUGCUCCAUAUUGAAACGUUGGUUUAUUAAAAAAGCUUGUCCCAGUUUCAUAUUGACCCAAUAUAAAAUUUGCGAGUGACUUUAUUGAUAAGAGUCAAAUAGUCUUUUAUGUUUGUUUCAUAUGACGUUUAAAGUAUUCUCAUGGACACUUUUAAUUACAGAAGAAUUUUGAAUAGUUUAAUAAUUCUUUUUUUUAUUUUGAAAACAUUUUCAAGUGUGAUUGAAUCGGAAGGAACUGUUCAAUGUUAAAGACUGAUACAGACUAUUGCCAUACAA